GAAAGGGCAGGUUUUUUUACCGUUUUUAUACCGGAUGGUAAAAAGACGCUUGAUGACGCUUGAAAAGGACAAAAAUACAUGACGCGGGGUAAUUCGACACUUAAAAGAAUGGCAUAAAAGCGUUUCACUACACCUGAGGCAUCAUCUAACUUCAGUGGUUCACGAUGAAGAAUUUUGCGCUAGCAUUCGUUUUGACUGUUACAUUCGCGGUGUGUAGUUGUGUAUCGGCUAAUGAAGCUUCUCACUGCGUUUAUGGAAUUGCCUUGAAAGAUCUGCUCAAGAUGGCUGGGACAAGAGCUGGAAACGCGCAGUUUUACGCAAAGAAACUUCUGAAACACAAUAUCGAUCAAACGGUGCUCGGUAAACUCACCUUACAGCAACUCGAAGACAUAGGAAUCGCAGCGCUCGGAGACCGUCUGAAGAUCUUCAAUUUCUUCUCGAAAGAUGGCAACGAUUGCUUGAGUUCUAGCUGCCAAAACAGUGGAAUCUGUCGAGAUGGUUUUCGUUGUUUCUCGUGUGUUUGCGACCCCCAAAGCGGUUACUAUGGACCAAGCUGUGGACAGAAAUGCCCGUGCCAUAACGGUGGUGUUUGCAAGACGAAACCAACUGGCUUCGAGUGCGUCUGCCCACCUGGCUACUCUGGUGACCUGUGCAACACAAAGUAUUUGACUGAAGAUAGGAUCGACAACCUUGAGACACGAACAGAUGAUAUAAAGGCACAGCUCGAUCAAAGCGUCAAGCUGAUCAAGGAUCUGCAAGAUCAGUUGAGAGACCUGCAAUCCCGUCCUAGAGGAUCGUGGCAACUUCAUCGUGCAAAUGAGAUUCUUAAUCAACUCGAAAAAAUCCAGUUGCAUCAGCAAACACCAGAGUACACGCAAAGCCUGCCAAUUGUCCUUCCCAAGAAUACGAAAGCCAUUCUUAUUUCAAUUUAUUGUAAUUUUUGGAACACCAAUGGUCACGCGUAUUUGGAUUACGUCACCUACCAAAAAGACAACGACAACGCGGCUGCCAAAGCAGAAGGUUACAACACUCAUUACAACGUCUACGCCAACACAUUCCUGUACGAGCAAAUGAUUCCUUGGAACACCACUCUUCCCAAUGAGUUGAUCUUCAGGGUGACAAAUUCUUAUCGCACUGGUGGAAACAAUAACUGGUAUCGCGUACGUUUGGUUGGUUACGUAACUUCUCCGUGAAAUAUAUCUAGAACUUUAAAUGUUUACAAUAAAAUAAAACGUCAUUUUUUGUUUCGUGCUAUGGCUGAUACAAAGGCUCUCGCAGAGACGAAAGAUUCGAAUUCAAAUGUGGUGUAAUUUUGGAUAGUUAUAGCUUUACUCGAAGAAACAGUUGGAUUAGAAAAAAUAUUAAUUGUUGAUAUCUUUAUACUUAAAGGGAGUUGCAAAUUAAAAUAUAAUUACACCCAG